GUUUGGUGUCGCGUGGAAAGAAGGAGCAUGUUUGAAAUGACGACGCCGCAUCGAAGCUUUUGCGGGCAGCUGCGAAUCACAUGCGAAUCAUCAAAGUAGUCUUGUUCGUUUCCUCCUCUUGGCCUUCUCGCCAUAACACACGCAUACAAGACAUUAUGGAUCCUCCACCAGCUCCUCCAUCAGAUCUACCGCCGCCUCCACCUGCUCCUCUAUCAGAUCUACCGCCGCCUCCACCUCCCUCAGAACAUGUCGCCAUGCCGCCGCCGCCUGUCGCCGAUGUGCCGCCUCCUCCACCAGCUGCACAUGCCAACGAUGAAGAACUCGGUCCCUCAAUGGUGCCCUCGAAGAAACUGAAAAAGGGAUGGGGCACUGCCAAACCGAAGAGCCAACCGCUGGACAUUGAGGAGAUUCUGGCAAGGAAGAAGGCCGCAGAUGCUGCUGCCAUGAAGCCAAAGUUCUUGUCGCGUGCCGAGCGAGAAAAGAUGGCUCUGGAGAAGAAGGACAAGGAAGCUGCAGAUGCAAAGAAAAAGUCAGACGUCGAACGCGACACUUUCUCCAAGCCUGAUGGAGUACAUGGCAUGGUCAACACGGGCUCACAUCGAUCCAUGGACGGCCGUCCAGCCAUUCCCACUGGUCCCAGAAGUCAACGAGGAGGUCAACCACCGUCCGGUCCGUCGGGUUGGAGGAACAAGGAUCAGCACAAUAGAGGCUACGACAUGGCCCCCCCACCUCCGCCGAAACAGACCGCCAUCAUCAGCGGCAACCAAACCGUCAAGAAACUCACCCCGGAAGAGACCGCCCAGGCCUCGAUUCGACAACGCUACAUGGGAGCCGAACAGAACCAAUCGAAUUUCUCCGCGAAGAAGAAGCGCAAGAGAACUACCGAGAAGAAGUUCAACUUUGACUGGAACGCCGAGGAAGACACGAGUGCAAACACUGAUCCGCUGUACAAGGACAGAGCUAGCACUGCCGCGAGAUUGGGUGGUUAUGCUGAUGGAGAUGAGACGGCUGCUGAAAAAUACGCCAAACUGCUACAGGAGCGUGACCCGGAAACUGGCAAGCAACGUGCACAGCAACUGCUGGAAAUGAAGGAACGUCAAAAACAAUACGAGAGUCGCAACGGUAUCGAGCAGCAUUGGAGCACAAAACAACUUACCCAAAUGCGCGAGAGAGAUUGGCGCAUUUUCAAGGAAGACUUCAACAUUGGCACAAAGGGUGGUGCCAUUCCGAAUCCUAUGCGUUACUGGCAAGAGUCUGGUCUACCCAACCGACUUUUGCAAGUCAUUGAUCAAGUCGGUUACACGGAUCCCUCGCCAAUUCAAAGAGCAGCCAUUCCUGUUGCUCUCCAAGCUCGUGAUCUGAUCGGUGUUGCCGUGACUGGUUCCGGUAAAACUGCCGCUUUCCUCCUGCCACUUCUGGUCUACAUUUCCGAACUGCCUGCUUUGAAUGAACUCACCAAGAACGAUGGUCCGUAUGCUAUCAUUCUUGCACCUACCCGUGAGCUGGCACAACAAAUCGAGAUUGAAGCAAAGAAGUUCGCAACUCCACUAGGCUUCACUUGUGUCUCGAUUGUUGGUGGUCACUCGAUCGAAGAACAAGCCUACAACCUGCGCAAUGGAGCUGAGAUCAUCAUCGCAACUCCCGGUCGUCUCGUCGACUGUAUCGAGCGCCGCGUCCUCGUCCUCUCACAGUGCUGCUACAUUAUCAUGGAUGAAGCCGAUCGAAUGAUUGAUCUCGGUUUCGAAGAAUCCGUCAACAAGAUCCUCGACGCCCUUCCGGUAGGCAACGAAAAGCCAGAUACCGAAGAAGCAGAAAACAGUCAGGCCAUGCAAAUGCAUGUUGGCGAACGAGGACGUUACAGACAGACUAUGAUGUACACGGCCACUAUGCCUGCAGCCAUUGAACGAAUCGCCAGAAAAUACCUCCGUCGUCCUGCCAUUGUGACAAUCGGAAACGUGGGUGAAGCAGUUGACACAGUCGAACAGCGCGUCGAAUUCGUCGCUGGAGAAGACAAGCGCAAGAACCGUCUCCGAGAAAUCCUCAGCAGCAGAGAAUUCGCACCUCCCAUCAUUGUAUUCGUCAACAUCAAGAGAAAUUGCGACGCUGUUGCAAAAGACAUUCAACGAAUGGGUUACUCGGCAGUCACUUUGCACGGUUCAAAAACACAAGAGCAAAGAGAAGCAGCCUUGCUAUCCGUCCGCGAAGGCAAAACAGAAGUCCUCGUCGCCACCGAUCUCGCGGGUCGUGGUAUCGAUGUCCCUGAUGUAUCUCUGGUUGUCAAUUUCAACAUGGCCAACAAUAUCGAAUCUUACACUCAUCGCGUUGGUCGUACCGGUCGUGCUGGAAAGUCUGGUGUGGCGAUCACUUUCCUGGGCAAUGAGGAUAACGAUGUGCUUUAUGAUCUUAAACAAAUGCUUAGUAAGAGUGCUAUCUCUAGGGUUCCAGAGGAGUUGAGGAAGCAUGAGGCGGCGCAACAGAAGAGUCAGAGGGGUGGUAAUAGGAAGCCUGUGGAGGAGAGUAGUGGUUUUGGCGGUAAAGGCGGUGGAUGGGCUUGAUAGUAGGAUAUCAAAACAUAUAAUUGUGACAAAGCUACCAAUGAUCAACUACUCAGCUUGGAAUAACUAUUACAGUAUAGCUUCUAUCUCUUCCAAUCACACCUCAAGCUAGAGCUCUAGCAUACAUCUCGC